UUUUUUUUUUGAAUAAUCCAAAAACCAACAAUAAGGGCAGAGAACAUGGCAACUACAGAAUGGACUGUUUUGGAAAAACUAUUACUCUCACAAGCAGUUUAUAAAUAUGGAGAGGAUAACUGGUUUCAAAUUGCUCGUAAUUUAAAGCAUCAUGCUUUACUAGAUCGCCCUGCUGAUUAUUUCAAUCAAAAGAACUGUUCACUACAAUAUUAUCUAAUGGUAGAGGAAUUAAGUAAAGAAAAACGAAAUGCUCUUAAUCAAGAUAUGCCAGUUGUAGUUCAGUUAGCAAGACAAUUAUACAAUUUACGUUUAGAGGAAUUAAAAAAAGCUAUUAAAGAAGAUGAAGACAAAAUCUUGAAUUUAGUAACUGAAAUAGACGACAUUCGUGCAGGCAAAUGGGAUGACAAACUUUUAAGUUCAGUAAAAGAUUCUCAGAAUAGCACGGAUAUACAGUCUAAUGAAGAAGAAGAAGAAGAAGAUCCUAUAAACACACACACAAUAAAAGAAGAAGUAAAUACCCAGGCUGAAUCUGAUGUCAUGACAAAUACUCAAUCAACAUCCUUACCCAUAACUAAUUCCUCUCCUAUACCUAUAUCUAUUACAACAGAACCCGCAUUGGAUACUAAUCAUUCAACCAGUGUAUUAGUUGAUAAAGAAGAACAGCAAAAACCGAAUGCAGAUGAUCAAAGCAUAAAUGAAGAAAAAAAUCAAGUAGAGAAAGAGAAUGCAAAAGUAGUUCGACAGGAAGAUACUUCAACAGCAAUAGAACAGUCAGAGGAAGUUACACCAGAGACCAGAAAAGAAGAUGAUAAUAAAAAUGAAAUUAAAUUUGAAACGGUGAAAAGACUAGAGUCAGUAAUAACAGGUGAAGCAGAGUCACUAGCUCCAAUUAUUGGCUCAAUAGAAAAAGAGGAUCAUGAAAUUAAAAAAGUAUCUAUUCCAGAAAUCAAUAUAACUACAUCUAGUCAAACAAAUAAUAAUGAAUUAGUGCAAACUAUUAAAAAAGAACAAGAAGAGAUAUCCGAAUCACGUAAACGUCAGCCAGAAAAUGUAGACAAUAGGGAUGAGCCCAACUUAAAACGACAGAAAACUGAAGAUUUAAAUACUUCUAUUACUGAAACCUUAACAGAGGAAGAGAUUAACAAUAACACUGAUCGAGAAAUAGAGCCUUUAGUUAUCGAUACAACGCGAAUAGAUUAUUCUCCAGUAUUUAUAGAUGUUAGUCAGGGAACGACUCCAGCUGACACAAGUGAUAUUAAUUUAAGAGACGGUACAGAAAGUGUUGCAGGCAGUGAAAGUAAUGCAGCUACACCUACAACAGAACGUAGAAGGGGAUUAAGUAAAGAUGAUCAAAGACAUAAAUCAUGGCAAAAGAAUAUUAAUUUAUUAUGGCGAGAAAUUGCAAACCAUAAGAAUGGAGCUAUGUUUAUGAAUCCAAUUAAAGAGAAUAUUGCUCCUCAUUACUAUGAUAUUGUUAAAAGGCCUAUGGAUUUAAAGACAAUCAAAAAUCGUAUUAGAGAUGGGGUAAAUCAAUCAUUAGUCUAUGGCAAGCAUUUUUUACUAAGUAUAUAAAUAUAAAAAUAUAUUUUUUUUAGUUAAUUAAUACUACAACAGAGUUUGAACGUGAUGUUGUUCUUAUGUUAAAUAAUUCCCUGAUGUAUAAUAAAGAGGGAACGGAAGUGUAUCAACUAGCAAGAGAAAUGUUAGAUGAUGUAAUGGAACAGAUAAGAGUAUUUAAAACUGCAGAUACAGAUACAUCCACUAGUUCGCAUACAAGAGCAGCAUCAAUGGCUGCU